CCUUUCUUCUUCUUCACCUCACCGCUAGCUACUCCUCUUCGUCUUCAUCUCCCUGCAGUCCAGAAUGGCCUCCCCUCGACUGGAGACUUUCUGCUGCCCGAACCGUAACUCUGCCACGGAGUUCGUAGUCACCUUCCAGCCCGUCCUGUUCGGGGCUCUGACUUUGGGAAGCGCCGCUGUGAGUCUCAUAUUUACCGUUCUGCAGAUUCUGCCAAAGCGCAAAGGAUACAGGAGACUGGGACAGUACCCUCUGCCGAGGCCUGCGUCUUCUUCCAGAAUACUGUUCAUCAUCAGUAUCUGUGAUAUUCUGGGAUGCACAGGUAUCAUCUUCAGAUCAUCGAUCUGGCUGGGCCUGCCGAGCCUCGUCAACGGCAUCUCCGUCACCAACAACACAGACGUGCUGCCAGAGGUCUUCUGCGUUGGGAGCGCAAUGUGGAUCCAGUUGUUUUUCAGCACUUCUUUUUGGUGGAGCUUUUGUUAUGCUGUUGAUGUCUUCCUGGUGGUGAAAACCUCUGCAGGGAUCAGCACCAUCGUCCUCUACCACAUGAUCACAUGGGGUCUGGCUGUGCUGCUGUGUGUUGAAGGAGUGGCCAUGCUCUACUAUCCAUCCAUCUCAGACUGUGAACAAGGCCUCCAGCACGCCGUUCCUCACUACGUCACCACUUAUGCACCGAUGCUGCUCGUCCUCAUAGCCAACCCCAUCUUCUUCUGCAGGACCACCUCUACAGUUACAUCUCUGCUCAAAGGACGACAAGGAAUCUACACAGAAAACGAGAGGCGUCUGGCGAACGAGAUCAAAAUACGCUUCUUUAAAAUAAUGCUGGUGUUCUUUGUUUGCUGGGUGCCAAACAUCAUCAACGAGAGCCUCCUCUUCUACCUGGAGCUGCAGACAGACAUCAGUGACAGCAGCCUCAGAAACCUCAGGAACGCAGCUCUCACCACGUGGUUUAUCAUGGGCAUCCUGAAUCCCAUGCAGGCUUUCCUCAACACUUUGGCCUUUCACGGCUGGACAGGCUUGGAUGUUGACCUCAGCCUGCAGCGCAGCCGGGAGCUGGCCUGGGACUCUGGUUCUACCUCCGUGGCUAACAGCCAAAACCCGAUGGUGGGAACAACUCUGCUUUACCAGAGUCAUGUGCAGGAAGCCCAGAAAAACUCAAUGGGGAACGGACAGCAGCACUCUGACGCCAUCAGUGUCCUCUCAGAAGGUUCAGAGUCAAGUACAGUUGAAAUCCAGAUUUCCAGCGAGCUACGAGGGGACGUAGACGCUGACGGAGAGUCCUUGGAGAACUCUGUGAGGCGCUAGCUGGGCCCGUCGACAACCCAACUCCCUGCUUCGCUCUUUCAGUUUUCAUCCUUGACUUUAACAGCCGGAGUUACAGGAUUAGUCUGAUUCUCCUUUUCAUUUCUUUAUAAACAUUAAAAAUGUUCAGACCCAUCAGCUAAACCUUUCCAGGAACACUAAGCUGUUAGGACUUUAUCUGUGGUUACAAACUGAACUGUAAAGGCUUGACUUUCUUGCAUCAUAUUAAGUGUACCACAUCCUAAAGUGAUAGUUCAGAUCUUUUAAAGGUUCUGUGGAAACUUUACAAACAAUAUCUUACCUGUUAUAGAUGUUUUUGGACUUCAGUUUAGGGAAACAAGUUUAAUCUUGACCAGAUUACUGAGCUAAUCUGAAAACAGCUACUAAAAAAAAAAAAAAAAACAAGUUUAUUGCUCUCAUUUUAAAUCAACCAAUCCAGUCAAAAUUAAACUAGUUCCCAAAACUGUGGUUGUUAAAAUAAGCGCAACCCCAGUUGAAAAAGUCUGAACUAUUGCUUUAACAAAGAAACUACAAGCAUAAGCUAAUAAUGAUUUCAGAACAAGGUUUUUGUACAUCAAACUGUGAGUUUUUUUCCCCCAUGUUUUAUGUUAAUUAUAUAAUUUUUUGUUGUAAUGAGUUGUUGAAGAAAACUGUAGACAGAAAAGUCUUGUUUUUAUGUAAAACGACUGAGCUAAAAAAAAAAAAAAAAAAAGGGUUUAGGACACAAAGGCAAGUUUUUGUCCAAUAUCAAAAUAGAGUAAUUUAUUCGAGACACUGAAUGACUUCAAAGUUUUGUCUUGGAAACGGGUGACAGCACCCUGGAUCAGGGUGGGAGAAAGAAGACCAGAGCUGUCACAGCACUUGUGCCAUUUUGGGCUUCUUAGCAUGCCGGUACAGGUCGCCAACCCACAGCCCAAUUCUCAGUCUGACACAGACAAUAACGGCUUUCAUCAAAUUAAAAAGAAGAAAAAAAAAAUACAAAAAGCAAUGC